AUGGACGUCGGGGACCCGCGAACCCGACACUUCCCUAUAGUGACGGGAGGGCCGGAAGUAGUGCUGGCAAUAGUGGCCUCUUAUCUACUGUUUGUGAAGAAGAUCGGACCGACUCUUAUGAAGAAUAGACCGGCGUUUGAAUUGCGCGGACCAAUGCUUGUGUACAAUUCAUUUAUGGUUGUCUUCAAUAUGUACUUCUUCUAUGAGAUCGUCCGUCGAAGCGAUUACGGCCGCCGUUUCCUGAACUUCAAGUUUCCCGAAAGGAAUGACUAUUCGGACGAAGUUUUACAUGAGAUUCACGUCGGCUUUUGGUGUUUUCUCACCAGAUUUCUGGAUCUGUUUGACACCAUAUUCUUUGUUUUGCGCAAAAAAUACAGUCAAAUAACUUUCCUUCACUUAUAUCAUCACACAUUAGUGCCGCUCAUCGGAUGGGUUUGCCUGAAGAUCGCACCGCAGGCGCCAGUGAUCGGUCUCUUCUUGACAUUCAAUACAAUGAUUCAUUCAAUUAUGUAUUUAUACUACGCUUUGGCGGCGUUUGGACCCCAAGUGAGACAAUACUUGUGGUGGAAGAAAUAUAUCACUCAAUUACAGUUAUUGCAAUUCGCCACUUGCUUUUGCUAUGGAGUAGUCAUGGCUUUCCUGCAGACAGGUUUCCCUCCCGGCCUAUUCUGGUUUGGUUUCGCACAAAACCCCAUCUUCUUCUACCAAUUCUAUCAGUUCUAUAGAAAGGCUUAUAAAACAAAUCAGAAACUCAAACACAAUUGA